AUGUCAAGGAGGACUCCUUCUCUAGUGUAUCCAUCUCACAAUGUCAAGGAGGACCCUUCUCUAGUGUAUCCAUCUCACAAUGUCAAGCAUGGCCCUUCUCUAGUGUAUCCAUCUCACAAUGUCAAGGAGGACCCUUCUCUAGUGUAUCCAACUCACAAUGUCAAGGACCCUUCGUUAGUGUAUCCAUCUCACAAUGUCAAGGAGGACCCUUGUCUAGUGUAUCCAUCUCACAAUGUCAAGGACCCUUCUCUAGUAUAUCCAUCUCACAAUGUCAAGGACCCUUCUCUUGUGUAUCCAUCUCACAAUGUGAAGGAGGACCCUUCUUUAGUGUAUCCAUCUCAUAAUGUCAAGGAGGACCCUUCUCUAGUGUAUCCAUCUCACAAUGUCAAGGACCCUUCGUUAGUGUAUCCAUCUCACAAUGUCAAGGAGGACCCUUGUCUAGUGUAUCCAUCUCACAAUGUGAAGGACCCUUCUCUUGUGUAUCCAUCUCACAAUGUGAAGGAGGACCCUUCUUUAGUGUAUCCAUCUCACAAUGUCAAGGAGGACCCUUCUCUAGUGUAUCCAUCUCACAAUGUCAAGGAGGACCCUUCUCUAGUGUAUCCAUCUCACAAUGUCAAGGAGGACCCUUCUCUAGUGUAUCCAUCUCACAAUGUCAAGAAGGACCCUUCUCUAGUGUAUCCAUCUCACAAUGUCAAGGAGGACGCCUUCUCUAGUGUAUCCAUCUCACAAUGUCAAGGAGGACUCCUUUUCUAG